AAGAAAGGGUGAGAGAGAAGAUCGAAAACCGGGUUCAACAUGAGUCGAGGAAGCGGUGGGGGAUAUGAUCGUCACAUAACAAUAUUCUCGCCGGAAGGGAGGUUGUUUCAGGUGGAGUACGCUUUCAAGGCCGUUAAGUCCGCCGGAAUAACCUCCAUCGGUGUCCGAGGAAGCGAUUCAGUUUGUGUCGUUACUCAGAAAAAGGUUCCGGACAAACUAUUGGACCAGACAAGUGUCACACAUCUCUUUCCCAUCACAAACUACCUUGGUUUGUUGGCAACUGGCAUCACAGCUGAUGCUAGGACGUUGGUUCAACAAGCAAGGAAUGAAGCGGCUGAGUUUCGCUUUAGAUAUGGAUAUGAGAUGCCAGUGGAUGUAUUGGCUAAGUGGGUCGCAGACAAAUCACAAGUCUAUACUCAACAUGCUUACAUGAGACCACUUGGAGUAGUGGCAAUGAUUUUGGGUAUUGAUGAUGAAUAUGGACCUCAACUUUAUAAAUGUGACCCGGCUGGUCAUUACUUUGGCCACAAGGCCACAAGUGCUGGAUUAAAAGAGCAAGAGGCAAUUAAUUUCUUGGAAAAGAAGAUGAAGAAUAAUCCUUCAUUUACCUAUGAGGAGACUGUGCAGACUGCCAUUUCCGCCUUGCAAUCAGUUCUUCAGGAGGAUUUUAAGCCCACUGAGAUUGAGGUCGGAGUGGUGCAGAAGGAAAAACCAGAAUUUAGAGUUUUAUCCACCGAGGAGAUUGAUGAGCACUUGACUGCCAUAAGUGAGCGUGACUGAGUUCAAAGCUAUGGUGAAAUUUGUUAAGCUUCUCGGAUUAGAUAAAAACAAGGAUGAUUGUUGAUGUUUUUAUGUUAAAUUAAAUCACAAUGUGCCUAUAGCAAAUUUCCCGAGGUUAUUGGUUUGAUUUUCUUUAUGAUAUUUGUGAGUAAUGUUAGUAUUAUACAAGUCUGA